AUGGAUGCAGUAUGUCAAUUACCCUAUACCUCAAUCUUCAAGAUGGAUAACAAUCCAGUAUACAACGAAUCUGUCAAUCUCAAGUGUCAGCCCGAGCUGAAUAUUACAUCACCUUUGGCAUUCCCAAGCUCUGGAACAAGCUUCAUCCUUGGAACCAGGUAUUGUUCUUCCAUUCCAUUAUUUGAUCAACAUAAUAAUUCGUUACAAUGUUCUCCAUAUUAUAAUGAUGAUGGGACUGUAUCAACAAAGUGUUUAUACAACUCUUAUGAACAGACUUUGAAUGGACUACAAACGAUAUACUACAGCAGAGACUUCACACCAUUCACAAUGUAUAUGGAAGAGCCAUUCAUAUUCAAUGUAUCCAGGAUCAAUUCAAAGUCAGCAAGUUUGAUCACAGUGUUUGGAUACAACUUCCCACUCAAUAAGAACUAUGUCUAUGUUCUAGUUGAAGGAGUUCCAAUCGAUAUCAAACUAUACUCAUUGUAUAGCGCUGGCACCGCACAGAUCGUCGGACUACUACCUCCAUUCCCCAAUGCAUCAUCACCAAUUGCCAAUGUCAAAGUUUACUUCUUUGAUGGAGUCAAGUCAUUCCAAGGUGACACUAUUCCAUUCUAUUUAUUCAAUGAUAUUGACAUUGGUUGUCCAAACAACUGCUCAGGUCAUGGACAAUGUAUUAACGGACAAUGUAAAUGUAUUGAUACAUACACCGGAGUCAAUUGUAGUAUAUUGAUCUUGGAGCUGCCAACAUUGAAUGUUCCAGGAGAGUUGAUGCCAAGUAUAACAUCCAAUGUAUCUGGAUUUAAUAUUGUCAUUAGAAUGGUGGCGAUACAGGAGAUGUCUUAUAUCGACAGUUCUAUUAUCAAGAAUGUAUCAUUGGAUAGUGUUUGGACAAGUAGUUCAGUUGGUUCAAAGUCAGAGUAUAAUGGACAAGUUGGAAAUGAUACCAAGCUGCAGGCCACUAUCGAGUCCUUCUCACAGUUCACCAACUACACAUUUGGAACAGAGAGCUUCUUGAUGAGUCCAAACACGGCCAAGUUCUCAUUCUCAAUCUCCAACUGGAACUGGACAAGCAAUUUGAACUAUCUACGUAUCCUUUACUCUGCUGGGCUAGUAUCAACCGGACACAAGGUCACCACUACCAAGCCGAAUGCCAACUCUUGUUUCCCAGGCUCACAGUCUACCAGUAACAGCUCUCUCAAUCAAAGAUCCCUUCAGUACUCAACAUUUACUUCACCAGAUGGUGUAGUGAUCAACUCAAGAUUCGCCAACAUUGGCAUAGUUGAUGGAAGGAUUCUCAAGGUGCAGAACACAUUGAUAUCGUGGGAUACAGAUCAGAUCAUGUUUGGUGUCACCGUGCCAAGCUUCGAGAACAACUGUACAAUUGAUCCAGAUUUCUCCGUCGUUCUCACAACACUGGACAGUGAGUUCAAUUGCAAGGAGACCAAAUUCCCAAUGACCAUCGUGGUAGCCAGUGUGGCCGGUGCAAUGGGAGCAUCAUUGGCAAUUGGUCUUGGAUUCUUUGUUCGCAACAGAAUGCGCAAGGCCAAGUUGAAGGAGAAGCUCUCUGCCAUCUCUAAUCAAUUUGCAAAGGCAUAUGAA